AUGCACCGCUCCAUCCGGGUGAUGCCCAAGGGCGCUCGCCUCGCCAGCUCGACCUGGUCGGCGGCACCCUCUACGGCCUGCUCCUCUCGCCUCCUCGCGGGGGCAACGCCAUCAUUGCCGGCCCUGCGCAGCCUCUCGACCAAGGCAGCCUCGGCCUCGGCCGUGCUGCAAAACGGCCCCGCCUCAAAGGGCUCGAGCCUCUUCCGCUCCCGCUUCCACACCGCCGCGGCGCUCAAGUCGCCCUCGCCCACGGCGCCGGCACAGGCGACGACGGUCGAGCCCAUCCAGCCCGCCGCCAGCGGGCUCCAGCAGUGGAGCAAGUACCUGCCCAAGGUCGAGCGCUCCGACGUCAAAAAGGUCCUCCUCGUCGGCUCUGGCGGUCUCUCGAUCGGCCAGGCGGGAGAGUUCGACUACAGCGGUUCGCAGGCCAUCAAGGCGCUGCGCGAGUCGGGCAUCGAGACGAUCCUGAUCAACCCGAAUAUCGCCACGAUCCAGACCAGCCACCAUCUCGCAUCGCAGAUCUACUUCCUCCCCAUCUCGCCAGAGUACGUCGCCUACGUGCUGGAAAAGGAGCGCCCCGAUGGCGUCCUCCUCACCUUUGGUGGCCAGAGCGCGCUCAACGUCGGCGUCAAGCUCGACGACAUGGGCGUCUUUGAGCGCCUCGGCGUCAAGGUGCUCGGCUCGCAGGUCGACGUGCUCAAGAUGUGCGAGGACCGCGACCUCUUUGUCCAGGCCCUCGACCAGAUCAACAUCCCCGUCGCCAAGUCCGAGGCCGUCGACACGGUGCCCCAGGCGCUGCGCGCCGCCGAGGAGAUUGGCUACCCGGUCAUUGUCCGCGCCGCCUACGCCCUCGGCGGCCUGGGCUCCGGCUUCGCCGACAACGAGGACGAGCUGCGCGACCUCAGCGCCCGCUCGCUCAGCCUCAGCCCGCAGAUCCUGGUCGAGAAGAGCCUCAAGGGCUGGAAGGAGUCCGAGUACGAGGUGCUGCGCGACCAGGAGGACAACGCCAUCAUCUGCUGCAACAUGGAGAACUUUGACCCGCUCGGCAUCCACACGGGCGACUCGAUCGUCGUGGCGCCCUCGCAGACGCUGUCGGACGACAACUACCACAUGCUGCGCUCGGCGGCGCUCAAGGUCAUCCGCCACCUCGGCAUCGUGGGCGAGUGCAACAUCCAGUACGCCCUGAGCCCGGACAGCCGCGAGUACCGCGUCAUUGAGGUCAACCCGCGUCUCAGCCGCUCGAGCGCGCUGGCGUCCAAGGCGACCGGCUACCCGCUCGCCUACACGGCCGCCAAGCUGGCGCUCGGCCACACGCUGCCCGAGCUGCCCAACGCCGUGACCAAGUCGACGACGGCGUGCUUCGAGCCCUCGCUCGACUACAUCGUCACUAAGAUCCCCAAGUGGGACCUGUCCAAGUUCCAGCACGUCAACCGCGAGGUGGGCUCGUCGAUGAAGUCGGUCGGCGAGGUCAUGGCCAUCGGACGCACCUUCGAGGAGUCGCUCCAGAAGGCCAUCCGCAUGGUGGCGCCCAACUACGACGGCUUCGACGCCUACGUCGUGCCCGAGGACCUCGACCACGCCCUCUCGGUGCCCACCGACACCCGCCUCUUUGCGCUCGCCUACGCCAUGCUGGUCAAGAACUACGACGUGGAAAAGUGCCACGAGCUCACCAAGAUCGACCGCUGGUUCCUGUUCAAGCUGGACAACAUUGUCCAGAUCAACCGCCAGCUGGAGCGCAUCGGCUCGCUGAGCGCCAUCGACAAGGAGACGAUGACGCUCGCCAAGCAGCGCGGCUUCUCGGACCGCCAGAUUGCCAAGCUCGUCGGCGCCCAGGAGUACGAGGUCCGCGCCCACCGCAAGGCGCUCGGCAUCACGCCUUUCGUCAAGCGGAUCGACACCGUCGCCGCCGAGUACCCGGCCAAGACCAACUACCUCUACACGACCUACAACGCCUCGACCCACGACGUCGAGUUUGACGAGCACGGCACCAUGGUCCUCGGCUCCGGCGUCUACCGCAUCGGCUCGUCGGUCGAGUUUGACUGGUGCGCCGUCACCUGCGCCCGCCGCGUCCGCGCCAUGGGCCACAAGACGAUCAUGGUCAACUACAACCCCGAGACGGUGUCGACCGACUUUGACGAGGCCGACCGCCUCUACUUUGAGGAGCUCGGCUUCGAGCGCGUCAUGGACAUCUACGAGCUCGAGGGCGCGACGGGCGCCGUCGUGUCGGUGGGCGGCCAGCUGCCGCAGAACAUCGCCCUGCGCCUCAAGAACGCCAACGUCAACGUGCUCGGCACCGACCCUGUCAUGAUUGACUCGGCCGAGGACCGCCACAAGUUCUCGCAGAUCCUCGACAACGUCGGCAUCGACCAGCCCGAGUGGACCGAGGCCACCAGCGUCGAAAAGGCCAAGGAGUUUGCCGCCCGCGUCUCGUACCCGGUCCUCGUCCGCCCCUCGUACGUCCUCUCGGGCGCCGCGAUGAACGUCAUCUGGGACGAGUCGACGCUCGAGCACCACCUCACCGCCGCCGCCGAGGUCAACACCGACUACCCCGUCGUGCUGACCAAGUUUAUCGACAACGCCCAGGAGAUUGACGUCGACGCCGUCGCCCACAAGGGCAACCUGCUCGUGCACGCCGUCUCGGAGCACGUCGAAAACGCCGGCGUCCACUCGGGCGACGCCACCCUGGUGCUGCCGCCCUUCUCGCUCGACCCCAACGACCUCUCGCGCCUCAAGGUCAUCGCCCAGAAGGUGGCAAAGGCCUUCAACAUCUCGGGCCCCUUCAACAUGCAGAUCAUCCGCAAGCCCGCCGGCGAGGGCGAGUCCGAGGCGCAGCUCAAGGUCAUCGAGUGCAACCUCCGCGCCUCGCGCUCCUUCCCCUUCGUCAGCAAGGUGCUCGGCCACAACUUCAUCGACACGGCGACCAACGCCAUUGUCGGGCAGGACGUGCCGGAGCCGGUCGACCUGAUGGCGCAGGAGCGCGACUACGUUGCCAUCAAGGUGCCCCAGUUUUCGUGGACGCGUCUUGCGGGCGCCGACCCGUUCCUGGGCGUCGAGAUGGCGUCGACGGGCGAGGUGGCGUCGUUUGGCAAGGACCUGUACGAGGCGGCGUGGGCGUCGAUCAGCUCGCAGACGGCGUUCCGCGUGCCGCAGCCGCGCUCGGGCGUGCUCAUGGGCGGCGACGUGACCAAGCCGCAGUUUGCUCAGAUCGCGCGCAAGCUCUACGACCUGGGCUUCAAGCUGUACUGCUCCGACUCGGACGUCGAGGCCUUCCUCAACAACCUGCCGCACCUGUCGGCCAAGAAGAUCCGCUUCCCCGUCAAGGACAAGCGCAAGCUGCGCGAGGUGUUUGACGAGUACGACAUCAACAUCUGCGUCAACCUGGCCAAGUUCCGGGGCCGCGACCUGCUGGACCAGGACUACGUGGCGCGCCGCAACGCCGUCGACUUUGGCAUCCCGCUGCUCAACGAGCCGCGCUCGGCGCUGCUGUUUGUCGAGGCGCUGGCGGCGCGCAUCCCGCACGGCUGCCUGCGCGGCUGGGAAGAGGGCAAGAUCCCUAGCGAGGUGCAGCCGUGGAAGUACUUUGUCAAGGAGGAGGCCGAGGCCCACGCCAACUGA